GUCAAUGGUUAAUCGAGAUAAAUUGAGGCAAGAAAGGAAAUUGUAAUUAGGCCAAUAAACAUCAAACUUAAUGGGGAUAGAUAUCGGGGGAAUACAGGCGGCGGAGGGCCUAACCGGUGGUGGACACGAGGCUUAUCAAGUCCUCAAGCCCCCCCCCCCUCAGCAAGGGAUACCCAUGGCAUUAUUGGCAGGGCUCCAAUCAAUAGUGGUACUUGCGGAUGGAGGCAGCCAGGUACUUUUCUUUCGUUCUGUUCCACGGGGUUCCGAGUAACACGCUCACGAUAUCAGCCGGGCAGGCAUGGCCCAUGGGACCUUCUUCAGCGCGCAAAA